AUGUCGUCAACAGAUAUCUUCAAGUCGGUGCCUCUACCGAGCAUCGAGCGCCCCUUUGGUAUCCAGCUAUGGCCUCUCUUCGACAAGGCCUUCACGACGGUCAUGGGCUAUCACCCGCAAGACUUUGAAUUCCAGCCGCGCGUAACACCGAUGUCGACGAUGAAGGAGAGCGCCAUGACCAUUUUGACAUACUACCUUGUAAUUUUUGGGGGGAGGGAAAUAAUGCGGAAUCGGGCAGCAUUCAAGUUGAAUAGCAUUUUCAUAGUGCACAACUUCUAUCUCACGGUCAUCAGUGGGGUCUUGCUGGCGUUGUUUAUUGAGCAAUUAGUGCCUACCGUCUACAACCAUGGCGUUUUCUAUGCCAUCUGCGAUGUGAAGGGUGGCUGGACGCCUCCUUUGGUGAUUCUCUACUAUCUCAAUUAUCUCACCAAAUACAUCGAACUACUCGACACAGUCUUCCUUGUCCUGAAGAAGAAGCCAUUGACCUUCCUCCAUUGCUACCACCACGGCGCCACUGCCCUCCUCUGCUAUACCCAGUUGAUUGGCCUGACCUCUGUCUCAUGGGUGCCCAUCACCCUGAACCUGAUGGUUCACGUCGUCAUGUACUGGUACUACUUCCAGAGCGCGCGCGGAAUCCGUAUUUGGUGGAAGGAGUGGAUCACCCGACUCCAGAUCACUCAGUUUGUCAUUGAUAUCGGGUUCGUCUACUUCGCAUCGUACACCUACUUCACCUCGACAUACUUCCCAUGGAUGCCGAACUCGGGCAACUGCGCCGGAGAGGAAUUCGCGGCAUUCGCUGGCAUGGGCAUCAUCAGCUCUUACCUCCUCCUGUUCAUCUCGUUCUAUUUCGCAACCUACAAGAAGGAUGGCAAACGCCCCACCGGUCGCAAAGCCGCACGAUCCUUGAAAGAUGCUCAGGUGCCAGACGUUGCUUCUCUGCUCCACAGUAAGUCCCAUGGAAGUGCCAACGGAGCGGCCAACGGCAAUGCUACCACCACUGCCACCCCAAGCCGCCCCGUCACCCGAUCGCGCAAGGCAUAG